CUGCAACAGGCAAACGUCUCAAAUCGAUUGCGAAAAAUUAUAAUUUGCCUUCUGUGCUCACUCGACAAAUCUAAAUAUUGACAAAGAUAAGAAAGCAUUACUGGAGUCGGACCAAGAUAAGUUGACACCGAAUUUGACAGCCCAGACAGUGCAAGUGUUAUUUGUCUCAUUAUAACGUCAAACUUCCAUGAAAUUUUGACGUUUACUUAACACUUGCAUAGGAUGGGAUAUCAAAAUCAUUGCUAAAUUAGCUUGGUCUGAUUCUAAGAAUUUUGUAUUAUUUGUAAUAGAAAACAAUUUCGUGACAUUCAUUCUUCGCAUAGAAAACCCACUCCUGAAUAGCAACAUGGCGGAGAUAUUGAUUUCACAGCGUGCGCGCGCAACAUCUGUCAAAAUAAGUUUUUGUGCUCCAAAUAAUAAAUAUUUCAGUAAAAAGAUCUGUAAUUGUGAAAAAUAAACUGUGAUAGUGUACCUGAAAAAAAAUGUGUACUUAUUGUAAAUUUGUAAUUAAUAUAUUUCAAUGUGUUAUUGAUUUUAUCUCAAUGCAAAACUGUAGUCAUUUGUUAUUCCGUAACGUAUUUCCGUUAAUAGCGUAGUUUUUAUUUAUUUAUUUCAUAAUAUGUGUCAUACUGCAAGCCUGUGUUACUAUGGACUAACCAAAUAAAAACAAAUGAGCUGAAUUAAACUAUGUUCGAUACAUUGUCUUGGCAAUAGACCUGUCAAAGGUAGAACUUUAAAAUUGUGAUUUUUGUUGUUCUAGAAAUUUUAUAUUAGUACAGUUACUCGUAUAAUUUGUGUGUGUAUGUGGUCACAUACAAUUUGCAUUCAUAUACAUCGUCAGUUAAAUAAAGAACACAUUGGUGACAAAUAAACGGAAGUAGAUUUGCUAUCAUAUUUUAUAAACAGACACAUGUAAUGAUAGUAGCAGUUGUUAAAAUGUUGAAGUCGUUCAAGUUUAUAUAUCCAAUGGAAUUAUCAAUUAAAGCGUCUUUCUGAAUCAAUACAAUGAUACAUAAACAUGUCGAGAUGCCUGAGGAUCUUCGGAGCGUACUUGUACCGGCUAACGAGGCGACACUCCACCCUGCUCCUCAUAGCGUCGCUCAUCGUGACCCUCACCGUCAUCUUCCACCUCUACACGCACAGGCACCAUCACCAUCACCACACGCUAACAAGGAUCGGUGACUUUGACUACCAACCGGGCGCUUUCCUCAAGGGACAGCAGCCUAACGAAAACAAAACUUAUUGCCAAUUUAAUUAUGGCCUACCAGACACUCUUAAAUGGGGAACCUUUCGUGUAAUGCCUACUCCGGAAGCUGGUCUACAGAGCCCUUAUAGAGUCAUUUACAAUGCUGUCAAGGGCACUGCGUACUCGAACCACAGCAAAUAUAAUGCAGUUACAUACGCUACUCAAGCGACGCCGGAAUACAUUUAUCAUAUAGUCGAGAUAGCCAGAUAUUGGGACGGCCCUAUCAGUCUCUCAGUUUUUGUACCUGAUUACGAUUUGGAUAUCACUAUGCAGAUCAUGAAUCAACUCUGCCAUUGCUAUUCCGGAAUGUCAAAAGUGUCACUCCACCUUUUCUAUCCUAAAAAACAUCCUCCUAAAUUACGAAGUAAAGAACAACGCACCACGACGACAGAAAUGCCGACAACUACUUCAAACAUUACUAUAGAAGAAAUAUUACAGAAAAAACUGGAUAAUUACAGGAAAUUAGAUAAUAAGACUAGAUAUGAAUACAUUCAACGAGCGAGGAAGAGUAAAAUUGAGAGAAUGAUGUCGCGAAUGCCAGCGAAAAGAAUAUUUGCCCCCAAUUUAAUGUUCAACGAUUGUUCUGGUAUCGAUUAUGGCAUAAUGACAUUUAAGAAGGACAACAAUUUGAUUUAUCACAUAAACGUAGGUAGAAACGUCGCCCGAAAUGCGUCAAGGACAAAUUAUUUCAUUGUUUCGGACAUAGAAAUGGUGCCAAGUGACGGAUUGGCGCCCAAAUUUUUGACCAUGGUUAGAAAACUCAUGGGGGACAAGAAAAGAGAUGAGGGUUGCAUUUUUGGAAAGACUGUGUUCGUCGUGCCAUUGUUUGAGGUCGAAAAGGGAGAGCAGAUUCCGCGCGAUAAGGACGCAUUGGUUAAAAUGGUGGCCUCGAACCGUGCUAUGUAUUUUCACCAGAAGUUCUGUUCACACUGCCAAAGGUUCCCUGGUUUACAAACUUGGCUCACUCGACAGUCGCCAGGAAUCGUCGAGCCCAUGCUGAUAGCACGGCGAGAGUACCCUUUCCACAGAUGGGAGCCGCUGUACUUCGGCACUCGGAAGGAGCCGUGGUACAGCGAGUCACUCUCGUGGGAGGGACGGCAAGACAAAAUGACACAGAUGCUGGAGCUCUGUCUGCAAGAGUACCGGCUGGUUGUACUUGAUGGAGGGUUCCUCUGCCACGCGGCGGCUCGCGCGCCGGCGCGUCAUACCCGCGCCGAGCGCGCCAACACGCAACAAUACCUUAAGAUCAUCGCCGCGCUUAAGGCUCAGUACCCCGAUCGGCCUGCUUGUAAGCUGAUGUGGGGCUGUAAUACUUGAGCAUCUUGCUCUGGGAAGAGUACCGUCUGGCGGUGCUUGACGACAUUUUUUUUUUAACAAAGGGCACCAACUAGCAUCACUUUUCAUGAUCUUCGCUGGUGCGCUAUUCAUGAUGAAAAUUCAUGUGGAGCUGCGACUCCUGUUGACAUGUUGAUCUGACUGAUUGUGCUGGACUGUGGGUAAAGUCAACGACGUCGACGUUAUUAACUGGUGGUAUAACAACAGAGUACAGUAACCUUUUUUCAUAUCGCUGACUAGUGAAUCACGAAACCGUGAUUUCAGUGUUGCUAUUACACUGUAUAAAUAAGUGUAGUAUAUAGGUAUUUACAUCUUUAUAAUAUUGAAAUGUGUAUAUCUUUGCCUAAAUAAAUUUGAUAAGAAUGCCGGUGCCAUUAAGUAGCCGGAUUGUCACGUCUGCAUUGUAUUUGUCGACCAAUCUGUUUUUAUAAGCCCGCAGACCUACAAUUAGAAAAUUGCUACUAAUCAAAAAUGCGUGCAUUGUUUACGAUUGUUACAGUAGUUUGAAGUGUUAUCAUUGAAAUUGUCUAAUUAAUAAGUUUUAUUAUGUUUAAUAUUGCACCGGUCACCCUCUUGUCCAACUGAUAGCGGACUAUUAGAAGGAUAAUUAUGGGGCAUCCCAUAAAACAGUCAACUUCAUCUACCUUAAUAAACUUCAGAUAUGUGUAUGUCGUUGAAUUUAAAGCUAGGUUAUCAAUCGUUAUCAUGCCGAAUAUCGUCUUCUUAGCUUUAUCAGAAGUUUAGCACUAACGAUCACGGAGCUUAUCCUCGAACGGACAGACAGACAUGGCGAAACUAUAAGGAUUCCUUGCUGACCAUGAAACCCUAAAAAUAACGUCACAUACCUACCAGACACUUUUCUAGUAUGCCCCUUUUACGGUGCUUUAAGUUAUACAUUUGAUCACUAUCGCCUCUCGCCACUUCGUGUCUUGUACCACCUGUUUUUCUCACACUGGAAUACGUAAAUAGAAAUAAAUCGAUAGCGUUUGUGGCGUACCGGUGCUGUACAUUUUCGUUAACUAGCUUAGUUUUAGUUUUGACACAAUAGUAAAUACGUAUAUUUGUAGGGUAAAUCGUGUAGUAUUUAUAAAAUAUAUUUUAUGAUUUAAUAUGAUUGCGUAUACCUUGUAUGUAUUUGUAAAUUAAUUGUUUUAGAGUUCUUGUGUUCACCUGACAACCCUAAUGAAAGAUCAGCAUUGUUCAAGAGGCCCUCAUUUAUCCUACGUCUCUAUUGCGGUGUAUUUGGAUUUAAACGUAAAUAUUAUGGAAUUAUCUUUGCACGAUUCGAAUUAUUCUCACUAAGUAAACUCUAUCUUACAUAAUAAUAUGUAAGAUAGAGUUAAAUCCGAAAAGUACAAAGAAAACAUCUGUUUCCCAGGGAAAAAUACAAAUCAGCCUACUUUGUUGGCAUUGAACAAACACAUAAACAAAAAUAAGUCAUGUUCAUUAUAAAUACCGGUACUAAAUAUGGAGAAGCAUGUUUGAUUGAACCUCACUGUACCGGAAAUUUAUAAGGGCCGCGAGAAAUCUCGUUGGCUCUCGAAAUUAACGGAAAUGACUCUCUGAUGGCGCCGCGCGGGGGACACAACCUACCUACAACCCUUUACGUAUCAGCUUAGCAAAAAGAAAAAAGUGUGUGUGUUGUGAAACACUGGGAUGGAACUAAGUUUUUAUUGAUAAACGUAGUAUAUUACUGAUUAUAAAAUACAAAUCAAUUUAAUCGAUAAAAUAAUAAUUAUCGAAACUGCUCAAUAAAUUUCACAAAUCAGUUCAGAAAUGGGUAAUUCCACGAGAUUGUAACGUCAGUUAUCAAUUCUUUCGUGUGUUCUUACAUUAAU